CACAGCAGCGGUUGCUGCUCGUGAGACAUAUAAUCGUGGGCACAAAGAAACCUUGCUCGUCAUCACACUAAAUUGGUCGUUCAGUUUUGGGCAAAAUGAGUGGGUUAUAAAUAAACGGAAGUGGUCGCGACAACUAGCCACAGUCUAGGCUAGGUUUAAUCAAACGCUGGCUAAUUUAGUAUUAGCUAGCAAACUGCUCAGCUAGCUCUAUGUAUGCCAAGCUGAAUCGGGUUAGCUAGCUGGCGUUAGUUGCUAGCUUUAUAGCUGGUUAGCUAACUCGGGAGGGCAAGGCUGAGACCAGCAACGGGGAGAUGCAAUUAAACAAAGGGUUGCCUUGAAUGUCUAAAUGAUCAAGAUAGUGAGGUGUGUGGAUCUUUGGAAGAAUCAACAUGAAGUUGUAUGUGUUCCAGGUUAAUAAUGGCAGCACCCUCACAUUUGACACUGAGCUUGCUGUCCAAACUGUGCUGGACCUUAAACAUGCCAUCCAGGUCAAGUACAAGAUUGCAACUCAACAUCAAGUCCUUGUUGUCAAUGGAGGAGAGUGCAUGGCUGCAGAUAGGCGAGUCUGCAGCUACAGUGCUGGCACUGACACAAACCCUAUAUUCCUGUUCAACAAAGAGAUGAUCUUGAGUGACCGGCCUCCAACGAUCCCUAAAACCACCUUCUCUAUUGAGAAUGAGAUGGAGCUCAAGGUGGAAGAAUCUCUAAUGAUGCCAGCUGUCUUUCACACCGUUGCCUCACGAACACAACUUGCUGUGGAAAUGUUUGAAGUUGCCAAGAAACUUUGCUCUUUCUGUGAACGCUUGGUUCACGAUGAACACCUCCAACACCAAGGCUGGGCUGCUAUUAUGGCUAAUUUGGAUGACUGCACCCUGUCUUAUCAGAAGCUGCUCUGGAAAUUUGAUACUGCAUAUACAAAUUAUCAACAGGACUUUGAAGAAAUAAAAUUGAAGCUGACAAAACUUGGGACAGCAGUCUCUGUCAUGGCCAAGAUACCUCUGCUGGAAUGUUUGACCAGACACAGUUACAAGGAGAGCAUAGAGAAGUCAAGCUCAACCCCAGAAAAGGACUCAGAUGAGACGGAAGAGGAGAAAUCAACUGAUUCUGUGCUCUGUGCCACUGAUGCACAAAGGACCUCAAAGGUACUCGCAUCUUUCUCUGCUCCGGGUUCAGCUGAAUCUCAACUUGCUGAAGACCGAGGAACGAAUGAGAUGACGGACAGCGGUGGGCUGAGAGCUGCCCUACAGGAGGAUGACACCUCAGAGCUAGCCAACCAUCCCUGCUUUAACGUAACAUUACUAGAUUGGAUCAAUGUGCAAGACAGGCCCAAUGAUGUGGAAUCAGUUGUAAGGAAAUGCUUUGACUCCAUUAAUAGGCUUGACCCACGGAUCAUCCAGCCUUUCCUGGCAGAUUGUCGAGACACAAUUUCCAAAUUAGAUAAUCAAAAUAUGAAAGCCAUAAAAGGGCUUGAGGAUAGGUUGUACGCGCUAGACCAAAUGAUUGCAAGCUGCAAGAAGUUAGUGAACGAACAAAAAGAACUUGCUCAGGGAUUUUUGGCCAAUCAGAAGCGGGCUGAAAACCUGAAGGAUACAUCUGUUCUGCCUGACUUGUGUCUGAGUCAUGCCAACCAGCUGAUGAUCAUGCUGACCAACCACAGGAAACUGCUGGACAUCAAACAGAAGUGCACGACUGCCAAACAAGAACUCGCAAACAACCUUCAAGUCCGUCUCAAAUGGUGUUGCUACGUAAUGCUGCAUGCAGACCAGGAUGGGGAAAAGCUCCAGGCUUUGCUCAGGCUGCUUACAGAACUGAUGGAAAGAGUAAGAGUGGUGGAGGCCCUUAGCACCGUCCCCCAGAUGUAUUGCCUGGCUGUGGUGGAAGUCGUCAGGAGAAAGAUGUUUAUACGUCACUACAGAGAGUGGGCAUGUGCACUUGUGAAGGAUGGGAAACGACUCUACGAGGCUGAAAAGCACAAGAGGGAAACGUUUGGGAAACUUUUUAGGAAGUCUUUUCUCAGAAAUCGCUUGUUUAGGGGACUUGAUUCAUGGCCCCCCACAUCAUUUUGUACGCGAAAACCCAGGAAGUUUGACUAUGAACUUCCCGAUAUCUCACUUGAGGAUCUCCAGUAUCUGAAGUCUUGUUGUCCCACAGAGGUGCAGCCCUUCCUUAUGGUUCCCAAAUUGUGCGACUUUGAGCCUUUAAAUCAGCAUGUCGAGAUGCUUCACCAGUUAGUACAAGCUGCACAGAGCGUGGAUGAGAUGUCUCAAACGAUCACCGACCUGCUAACUGAGCAAAGGGCGUCCUGUAGCCAGAGUGCCCAGAGAUCUACUGCACUGAUGUCACAGGCUGAAGGCUCACCAGGGCCCACCAACCCUACCUCCUCCAAGACCCCCUCCUCUCUCACCCUUCAGGGUCCCACCUGCCAGCCCCUAUCUGUUCCCGUCCCAGCCCCAUUGGAGGACUUGUCCCCAGAUAGCAUUGAUGCACAAACCUUUGACUUUGAAACCAUUGGCCACCCAAACAUGGACACAGUUCUUCAGCAGGGCUCUCUUGACCUGGACUCACUGGCAGAGAGUCCCGAGUCUGACUUUAUGUCUGCUGUUAAUGAAUUUGUUAUUGAAGAAAACCUGACUUCCCCCAACCCUAUCAGUGACCCAAUUAGUCCUGAAAUGAUGGUGGAGUCCCUGUAUUCCUCAGUCAUCAAUGCUAUCGACAACAAGCGUAUCCAGGAUACCACAACACUGGAGAGGGAGAACUCAAAGAUGGCGGCUCUGAGGCAGGUGAUUGAGAAGUACCGCUCUGCAGCAGAAGAGUCCCAGACCAACCUGAGGAGCGUUAAGGAUGACCUCUACCACUUCAGAGGUCUUGUUCUGAAGGAACAGCGUGACUUUGGCUUUGCCCUCAAGACCAUGAUCAUAGAGGUGCGCAGCAUCGUGGAAAAUGUCUGGCAGACCCAUGAACUGGAGAUGAGGGAGCAGCACAAAAGUGAGCUGCUUUCUCUCCGGCAAGAACUUCAGUUGCAGGUCCAGACACUAACGGAGGAAAACCGGGUCAACCAGAAUAUUGUCAAAGAUGUUCAACGUGCCAUGCUGGAGCUGGAGGGGCUUCUUGAGCGCAAGGAGAAAGAAUUGACUCACCUAGAGAGCGAGAAGGAACGAUGGGUGGAAGCACAGAGUGGCCACAACAAGAAGGUUAAAGACCUAGAGGAAGCUAUUGACAAUCAAGCCGAAGAGAUCAAGACACUCAGUGCCUCCAGAGACUCCCUGACCAGUCAGCUUGAGAAUUUGCACUUUGAGAUUGAACGUGGCCAGCAGAAGAUCCGGCAGGAGUUGGAAGGGGUUGAGCGGUCCCACCUAAAGGAGCUGGAAGAUAAAAUGAGGCAGGAACAUGAAACCGAGCUGGAGACCCUGUCGAGCGGAAACCAGUUAGCCCUGGAGCGCCUGACUAAAGAGAGCAAGGCCAAGUUAAACGAGGAAGCUGAGCGCAAUGCUGUGGUCUUGAGAGAGAAAGACAGCCAAAUAAAGAAUUUGGAGGCCCAUAUUGCUGAACUAGCAGAUGGACGCUGCAAGCUAGAGAUGGAGCUAGCCCUCAAAGAAUCAGAGACUGAGGAGGUGAGGUUGUUACUUGAGGAGGCCAAGGCACAACAGGCUGAGGCAGUGAAAGUCCAGGUAGAGGCUGAGACCAGAGCCAUCAGCAAAGACCUCGUUGAUGUUAACAAAGCACUUCAGAUGAAGAAUGAGGAGUAUGAGAUGGGCCUCGCGGAGCUGAGGACUCUAAUGCGAAUUGAAAAGGACCACUGCAUCUCAGAGCUGGUGGACCGACAUGAGGAGGAGAGCAUGUUGCUGCGCAGCGAGCUCUCCUCCCUGCAGCAGCAAUCCCUUGAAGCUGAGAGGAAUCAUACUGAACAGCAACAGAAACUCCAGAGGGACUUAGACCAACAAGUGGCCGCUCUGCAAGAAUUAAAAGAAGAGCAGCUGAGGAGUUUCCAAGAGCAGGAGCGAGACUUGAGGAUUGUUAUCAGCAACCUGCAGGCUGAAAUUGACCUGCUGUCCAAAAGAUUAGAGCAGAAUAGGGAAGAAGCUCAGAGAAGUUUUGAGAAAGAAGAGGCCUUUAAGGUUGCCCUACCAGAUGCCUUUAAAGAAUUAGAGCAGCAAAAGGAGCAGAUGGAGAAGAGACUAUUAGACAAAAUUAGACAACUUGAAAAUGAGCUUCAUGAGAGACAUUCUUCACAAAGAAAGGAGGAGUUGUCACUGCAAGCUGAGGAGCAUGCAGAAGCCAGAGCACCUCUUUCUCUAGACUCAGCUCUGCAAGAGCGACUGCAACAAGAGAGGGCCCACCUGCAGACCCAGAUGGAGCUCCUAGAGAAGAGGAAAAAUGAAGAGAUGCAGAACCUCAAAACUUCCCUCAUAGCUGAACAGCAGACGAACUUUAACACCGUUUUAACCCGAGAGAAGCUGAAGAAGGAGCAGAUCAUCAACGAGCUCACGGAGAAAUUGCGGAAGGUUACCCAGCAACAAGAGAAAGACAAAGCCCUGAUAGAGACUCUGUCGGAGGAUAGAGCUAGUGUAAUGCAGGAGAAGAAGCACCUGGAAGAGGAGCUGAACCGCCUGCGUAACACCGCCCUGGUCUCCUCUGCCUUCUUUGCUCCUAAUCCCACUGCCCAGGAGGCCUCAGAAGCCGGUGCCGGAGCUGACGGAGAUGGGCUGAGUGCUGCAGCGAGGCCAGUCUUCGCUGCCGGGGCCUGUUCCUCCGAACCGCUAGCUGACCCGGAAAGACUGGCAUCUGUAGCCGCUAUCCGUGAGGAGGAACACAUUGAUUCGGCAGUGGAGGCCAGCAUGGUGACAGUGCACGACAACAUCUCGGUGUCCGAGGAGAAACAGCGAAUACUCCUGCUUGAAAGGACUUUACACAUGAAGGAAGAAGAGAACAAGCGCCUCAGUCUAAGACUGAUGUCUCAGAGCAUGUCCUCCGUGUCUUCAAGGCAUUCAGAAAAAAUUGCCAUCAGAGAUUUCCAGGUGGGCGACUUGGUUCUCAUCAUCCUGGAUGAAAGACACGACAACUACGUGUUGUUCACCGUCGGUCCCACCCUCUACUUCCUCCACUCAGAGUCUCUCACUGCACUGGACCUUAAACCAGCAUCAGGGACUUCACGACGGCCAUGGGUGCUCGGCAAAGUAAUGGAAAAAGAAUAUUGCCAGGCAAAAAAGGCUCAGAACAGGUUCAAAGUUCCGCUGGGGACGAAAUUCUACAGAGUGAAAGCUGUUCCCUGGAACAGGAAAGUAUAACAGCCAAGUAACGAGCGAAAAUGUAUAUUUAUAUUGCUUCACAUGUUUGAACAGAACUAUUACUCAUGACUUGAAAAUUCAGAGAACGAAGAUCAUCACUAUCGUGCUAUUUUGGCUUUGAGUUCAAGAUCCCACCUGCUACUGCAUUUUAUUUUAUUUUAUUUCAUCUUAAUUUUAUUUUAAACCCAUUGUGGACCAAACACUAUUACCCAAGUAGGGUGAGGCCCUAUACACUGUGGCAUAAAGCCAUGUGACCUGUGUGUAAAUUGAACAAAAACUAUUUGGGUGUUAAAUAUUAGUUCUCAUUAUUAGCAUUUGUCCUUUUGUGGAAAAUACUGUAUCAUUAUUGACAUAAUUCAAAUGACAAUAUACAUUUAUUAUAAAUGUUUAUGGAGGAAUGUUCAUGGCAUGCAUAUUGAUAUAUUUUUCUUUAAUUUACUUAUCCAGAUAAAUGUCGUAGUUGGAAAUGUUAGUUAAUGCUGUUUGUUACUUACAAAGCAGUAUGGCCCUCUUGUUAAAUACUAAAAUGUACAUUAUGGGCUGGCGGAAACAUCCGUCACCGCAAUCCUCAAAAUGCACUUUCAAAAUCAAUGCUUUUUUUUUCUUUCUUUUUUUUUUUUGAUUUGAAAAGGGAAGUAACUGAGCUGUCAAAAAAUAAUUGAAAAAAAAAAGAAAAAGAUAACAGCACAAACUUCUCACAUCAUAGAAUAUUGAAAUGUAGAAAGGAAUAUCUUGUGACUGUGUUUCAUUAUUGGAAGACAUUGUACAUUACCCAUCGGAUCACACAUGUAACAAUAAAUGACUGUAUUGUAAGAGAUAUUAGAGUUUUGAAACAAUAAAGGAUUGAUCCCAAACA